AUGCUGGCCGCUACGCGUAUCUGGACGAGUGAGAAGCUCCUCCAGAGCCGACCUCAUACCUCGAACGUGUUCAACUCUACUGUGUCAUUACAAUCAAGAUGCAACCACAAGAGUUUCUCUUCUGCGUUUGAGUCGCCCACGCUUUCCGAACAUAGAAGCACACGUGGUUCUACACAACCUGCCUCGUUGACUCGCAAUAUCUCCUGGGAGCAUCGAUCAAGAGUUGCAUUCAGGAAAGCUAUGAAGGGCUUUAACCAGCCUGAUUCAAGCAAGUUCAUUGGUGCCGAACAAGUCAAGGCAUGGCUGGACGACCUUACUGGUGCUCGACCUGGGGCAGGCAUCGAGGAUGUGGAAAGAAGUGCUAUCGACCACUUACUGCGCGGUGAUGACAAAGCCAAUAUUCGGAAAGCCACAUUAACCAAUGGUCACCACUUCGCUGGCCUACGUCCAACCGAGAAGACAGCCGGCGGUGUAUAUACCGAGGACACCACUAUCGACCCGAUUACAAAUCGGCGAGUUCCCAAAGCUCCCAAAACGGCGCCGAAGCCACGAUAUGACGAUCUGGAAGCCUAUAAGCCGAUCGACUUUGUCAAAGCGACCGCGGAAGCUGACUCUGCCCCUAAGUACGACGACCUGGACAAGUACAAGCCCACUAAGGAUGUGAAGAAACCAGAACCUGCCGAACCCAAGUAUGAUGAUCUCGACAAGUACAAACCGGAGAUCGACGAGUCAUCUACAAAAGAGCAGAAUGUCGAAUAUGACGACCUCGAUAAAUAUGGUCCUGUCAAGCACAAUGAACCCGAUGGUCAACAAAAGCCGACUGCUGAAGAAGAUUCCAAGGAAUACAACGACCUUGACAAGUACUCUUCAGCCAAUAUUGACAGCCCCCUUGCUCAGCGUCAAUUGACAGCGGAAGAAAAGUCCAAGGCCUACCAAGAUUUGGACCAGUACAAGCCAAUCUACUGGAACGAACCCAAUGGUCUCAAAGCGCAGUCUGCUGAAGAAUUGUCUAAAGACUAUGAUGACCUCAACAAGUACAAGGCGGUUUACUGGAACGAGCCAGAUGGUCUCCGUGAGCGCACAGCAGAAGAGGUUUCCAAAGAUUACAAGGAUGUUGGCUCAUAUGGACCGGUCCAAUGGAGCGAGCCUGACGGUCUACGUCGUUUGACUCCCGAGGAAGAGUCUAAGAAUUACGACGAUUUGGACAAUUACAAGAACCCCUUCGAGGCUAGUAAGUCGGCUCUCAAGGCUCAUGCGAAGGCUCAGCUCGACACUACCAUGCGAGGUAAGCCUCUGGCCUCCAAGGUCGAUGCUCCUGUCGAGGACUUUGCAAGCAAGUACGACGAUCUCCACCUAUAUGGACCUGUUCGCUGGAACGAACCGGAUGGUCUCCGAAAGCUCACCCCCGAAGAGCUGUCAAAGAACUAUGACGACCUUCACCUGUAUGGUGCUGUUAGAUGGAACGAGCCUAACGGCCUAAGGCGUCCCACCGCCGAGGAAAAGUCCAAGAGCUACAAGGAUACAGAGCUCUAUGCAAUUCGGGACUUAUCUCCCCCAAUCUCACGCGUUCAUCCCGAGGAGGCUUCCAAGGCGUACAAGGAUCUCCCAGGAUACCGUCACUAUUCGAAUGCUGACACUGCUCCCCGCAUCCACCCCGAGGAAGCCUCGAAACAAUACGCUGAUUUGAAUGCUUAUGCUUCUUUUGAGAACGAUGCGCACCAGGUUAAGGAAGCCAAGCAGUACAAGGAUCUGCAUAAGUAUCCCUCUGCUGGUUAUGAAGAGACCACCCAACAGCAUGUCCAUUCUGAAGAGUUGACCAAGGCCUACACGGAUCUUGGCAGCUACAGACCAACCGAGUUUGUUUCACAGGCUCAGGCAUACCCCGUUCAUCCCGAGGAAGCCUCCAAGGUCUACCAGGAUUUGCACAAGUAUACUGCAGUUCGCCGCAAUGAACCAAAUGGUAAUAUCUCAAUCCCUCUGGAUGAAGUCGCCCGCGGCCUCCGAGAGUUCGAUUCCAAGGCAGGUUCCCAAUCAUCUCCGGACCCAAAAUCAAAUGCUUAUUGUGGAACCCCGAACAGGUCUAUUCCAGACUCUAUGGAAACUAACGUCCGAAUGGACGAUUCUGGAAGUGCCGAGACGAUCCGAGCUGCUGUCCUACGUAGAGCUCACCAAAACAGCCAACGGAUCAAGAGCCAAGAGACCAGCGAUCUCAAAGCUGGGCGUACGUUGACCGGCAAUUAUGCUCGGGACUUUCCAGAGGAGUUUGCGGCAUCGUGGAGCAAGAGUAACUCAUUAUCCAAAUCAACACUGUUGCCGUACAACAAUGGAUCAUCUGGGGAACAGAUCACAACUGUCAUCGAGGACAAUGAGGAGCUUGCAUCUAUGGACGAGAGCUUCCCAAUGGAGGGAACGCGACUUCAACCCGCAUUGGAUCGGUCGGGCAAUGCGCACAAGGACUCUUAUUCAUACAAACCCCAAGGGUUACAAACCAGUUAUUCGGAAGAGUGUGAUAGCUCAACUCUGCCUGUUUGGGAGAAACACUACGAGCCUAAGUCCGAAUCACCAAAGACUGAGGUGCCCAACGCUUCUUCAUACACGAUACUUGCUUUCGAUCCGGCUUCCAAGAUGAUGAACGUGGCGAAAACUAAGUCAAACGUUGACGACAACAAACCCCCAAUGUCCCUUCCUGCGGCGCUUCUCCUUUUAGCAGAACCAGCCAAGUUCUUCCCAUUCGUUACAUCGCUCGAGAAACGAGGCUAUGAGGUGGUUUCAGGCGGUCGCCAGAUGCUCGUUUUCCGUGAAGUACGACCACAGUCGGAGGAAACUAGAUUUGAUCCCCUUGAUGAGCUGUUCCGUCGCGGCGGAGUCUUUCCUACCACAGAUGGAGAGACGUUCCAGAGCUCCAGACGUCGAAGAAACUCUGACGAACGCAAAAAGAAGAUGGGAUUCGGCCGCAAGGUUCUGGUGGGAACUGUUGGGAUCGCAGGAGGAGCCUUUGCAACGACCACGUUGGUGGAGUAUUUGAGUACCAAGGGGAUAAGACCGGAGACUAAGCAGACUCGACAGGUCUAG